GUGGGGUUGUAUGUCAUCCAGAUGAUCGACCUCUGCAUAUUAGUUUUGCUAUCAAAAAUAAAAAAUAGUGGCCGGCGCGGCCUAGCUUCUUAAUUACGUACAUCUGCUUGGACAAAUUAAUAAGUGAGCUAGCUUGUUUCAUGCAUGCAUGCCAUAUUUGAUGAAAUAUUUGCAUGCAAUGCAUGCUGUAUAUAUUAUACAAACAAUUAAUUAUGAUUAAUUAAAAGUUGAGAAUGGCAUCGAAGAAAGGCAUUCGAAGCCCAGAGGGAAGAUCUUCUCAAGGAAAUAAUCAGCGGACGACAGGGGGUGGCGGACAAACAGUGAAAUUCGCGCGAAGAACAUCAAGCGGGCGAUAUGUGAGCCUGUCAAGGGAAGACCUGGACAUGUCGGGCGAACUGUCCUCCGGCGAUUACAUGAAUUACACAGUCCACAUUCCUCCGACGCCGGAUAACCAGCCAAUGGACGACACACCAUCGACGUCGGUGGCCGCCAAAGCUGAGGAGCAGUACGUGUCCAAUUCACUGUUCACAGGUGGGUUCAAUAGCGUGACGCGGGCGCACCUUAUGGACAAGGUCAUUGAAUCUGAUGUAACGCACCCCCAGAUGGCUGGAUCCAAGGGCUCCUCUUGUGCCAUGCCAGCUUGCGACGGCAAAAUCAUGAAAGACGAACGAGGAAAUGAUGUCACCCCCUGCGAAUGCAGGUUCAAAAUAUGCGGAGACUGUUACAUGGACGCCCAAAAAGAUUCGGGGAUGUGUCCAGGAUGUAAGGAACCGUACAAAGUUGGGGAGUAUGAAGAAGAUGUAGCAGCACCGGAGUAUUCUCGAGGAGGAGCACUGUCUUUGCCGGGGCUAGGCGGUUCCAAAAGGGACAACACCAGGAAUAAUAAUAACAACAACAAUAAUGAUAAUAAUAUGUCGAUGAUGAAAAGGAACCAAACCGGAGAGUUCGAUCACAACAAGUGGUUGUUCGAGACACAGGGCACUUAUGGGUAUGGUAAUGCCUAUUGGCCUCCCGACGAUAUAUAUGGAGAGGACGAUGGUCAUGGAAUGAAAGCAAUGUUGGAUACAUCUGCCGAUAAACCUUGGAAGCCACUCAGUCGCAAAUUGCCAAUUCCAAAUAGCAUCAUCAGCCCAUAUAGGUUGCUGAUUGCAGUUCGGCUGGUAGUGCUGUGUUUCUUCUUAACAUGGAGGAUAAAACAUCCAAAUGAUGACGCAAUAUGGCUGUGGGUGAUGUCAGUGACAUGUGAAAUAUGGUUCGCCUUCUCAUGGAUCUUAGACCAAAUCCCGAAGGUGAGUCCUUGCAACCGUAGCACAGACUUGGAGGUAUUACGGGAAAAAUUUGAGCUGCCAUCGCCGUCAAACCCGACAGGCCGGUCGGACCUGCCUGGGGUGGACUUCUUUGUGUCGACGGCAGAUCCGGAGAAAGAGCCGCCUCUGGUGACGGCGAACACGAUCCUGUCAAUACUAGCGGUGGAUUACCCAGUGGAGAAAGUGGCAUGCUACAUAUCGGACGAUGGGGGGGCGCUGCUAACGUUCGAGGCAAUGGCGGAGGCGUGCAGCUUCGCGGAACUGUGGGUGCCAUUUUGCAAGAAGCACGAGAUCGAGCCGAGGAAUCCAGAGAGUUACUUCAACCUGAAGGGGGACCCAACGAAGAACAAGAAACGGACGGACUUUGUGAAGGAUAGGAGGAGGGUGAAGAGGGAGUACGAGGAGUUCAAGGUGAGGAUAAACGGCCUGCCAGACUCGAUCAGGAGGAGGUCAGACGCAUUCAACGCGAGGGAGGAGAUGAAGAUGCUAAAGCAGAUGAGGGAGGGGGCGGGGGAAGUGAUGCAGGUAAGGAAGGCGACGUGGAUGGCGGAUGGGAGCCACUGGCCUGGGACAUGGGCAGCGCCGAGUGCGGACCACGCCAAGGGUGACCACGCGGGCAUACUGCAGGUGAUGCUGAAGCCGCCAAGCUGUGACCCGCUGAUGGGAGGCGGGGGGCAUCAGCUGGACUUGGCGGACGUGGACAUACGGCUGCCCAUGUUUGUGUACAUGUCGCGGGAGAAGCGAAGAGGGUACGAGCACAACAAGAAAGCGGGGGCGAUGAACGCACUGGUACGUUGUUCUGCAGUGCUCUCCAAUGGUCCCUUCAUGCUCAACCUCGACUGUGACCACUACAUCUACAACUGUCGAGCAGUGCGGGAAGGGAUGUGCUUCAUGAUGGACCGGGGCGGGGAGGACAUCUGCUACAUCCAGUUCCCCCAGCGCUUUGAAGGCAUUGACCCCUCCGACCGCUAUGCCAACCACAAUACCGUCUUCUUCGAUGGCAACAUGCGCGCCCUCGAUGGCAUCCAGGGCCCAGUCUACGUCGGCACGGGAACCAUGUUCCGAAGAUUUGCAAUCUAUGGCUUUGACCCACCCGCUCGCCCACCUGCCAAAUCCUCCGGCUUUGACAAUAAUAAUGAUGCUCGCCCCCUCAACCCCAUUGACCUUGACCCCGACCUUGACGUCCAUCUCCUCCCCAAGCGCUUCGGGAACUCCACUUUGCUCGCAGAAUCCAUACCCAUAGCUGAGUUCCAUGGCCGUCCCAUUGCUGAUCACCCUGCCAUUAAGUAUGGCCGACCGCCGGGUAUCCUCCGUCUCCCCCGCCCGCCGUUAGAUGCUGCCACAGUUGCCGAAGCUGUCUCUGUCAUUUCUUGUUGGUAUGAAGACAAGACAGAGUGGGGCGACAGGGUGGGGUGGAUUUAUGGCUCGGUCACCGAAGAUGUGGUGACGGGAUAUCGCAUGCACAACCGUGGGUGGCGCUCCGUCUACUGCAUCACCAAGAGAGACGCCUUCCGCGGCUCCGCCCCCAUCAACCUCACUGACCGCCUCCAUCAGGUCCUUCGUUGGGCCACUGGCUCCGUCGAGAUCUUCUUCUCCCGCAACAACGCCAUCUUCGCCUCUCGCCGCCUCAAGUUCCUCCAACGUCUCGCUUACCUCAACGUCGGCAUCUACCCUUUCACCUCCAUCUGCCUUCUAGUCUACUGCUUCCUCCCCGCCCUCUCUCUCAUCUCGGGACACUUCAUCGUCAAGAACCUCAACAUCGCUUUCUUGCUCUACCUCCUCACCAUCACCAUCUGCCUCAUCUCCCUUGCCCUCUUGGAGGUGAGGUGGUCCGGCGUCGGUUUAGAGGAGUGGUGGCGCAACGAACAGUUCUGGCUCACUUCCGGCACCAGUGCCCACCUCGCAGCUGUAGUCCAAGGCCUCCUCAAAGUCAUUGCCGGCAUUGAGAUCUCCUUCACCCUCACGUCCAAGUCCGCCGGUGAGGACAAUGAUGACAUCUAUGCCGAGCUCUACCUUGUCAAGUGGAGUUCACUUAUGAUCCCACCCAUCGUCAUCGCCAUGGUCAACAUCAUCGCCAUCGUCAUUGCUUUCUCGCGAACCAUUUACAGUCCCGUCCCCCAGUGGAGCAAAUUCAUCGGAGGGGCCUUCUUUAGCUUCUGGGUGCUGGCCCACUUGUACCCUUUUGCCAAGGGUUUGAUGGGGAGGAGACGAAAGACGCCCACCAUUGUUUUUGUAUGGUCCGGUCUUAUUGCCAUUACCCUAUCACUUCUUUGGAUCGCUAUUAGUCCACCCAAAGCCGGUACUACGACGGCAGAUCAACUCGUUUCUGGCGGUGACACCUUUCAAUUUCCAUAGCUAUGCAUGGUAGAUAGAUAGAUUACACACACACACAUAUAUAUAUAUACUUCGUAUGUAUGUAAUAGAUCAUCAAGGUAAGUAGUUGCUAUUAAGGGAUCAGAUCUUCCAAUUAUUAAUUAUAUCAUUCACUUUUCUUUUAAUUAAAUUUGUUGUGAAGGAUUUUGUGUGCUUUGAGGAAUAUAUAGGACUAUAUAUAUAAAAUAUAUUACAAGCAAAACAUUGUUAAGAAAGUGCAGUAAAACAUAGAUAAAGUGCAUCAAUAUAAAUAAUUAUGUUUGUCCUAAAAUAUGACUUAUUUGAUUUUAGGUAAACAACUUCCCCAAUUAAGAGUGAAUUGAAGAAAAAUGUUUGCCUUAUUCGUAUACUUUGUUUAGAUCUUAGUCUUAGUAUUAAAUGAAUUUUGUGAACAUUGAAGGAAUUAAAAUAAUAUGACCAUUCAAUUAUAUUGUUGAAGGAAUUAAAAGCAAGUUAUAAGUAUAUCCCUGAGACCACAUGAAACCUCAUAAGAUUAGCAGCAGCACACAAAGAAUAGAGAAGUACGUACAGUUGAAACCAAGUUGGGCAGCAUGCAGGCAGUAGGAUUGUGAAAGCUGUGACAAAUUUCAAAUUGAACGCCAUUCUCACAGGGGCAGGGGCAGGGGCAGGGGCGGCGAUUAUUUAUGAGGAAUCAAUUUGGGGGUCAUUUCAGCAGCCUCAGUUUUCAUUUCAAUAAGAAGAACGUACAUUAUGCAUCUUUUCAAGCAAGUGGAAUCGGACUCCAAUCUCGCUCGCUCAUCUCCUCUCAUAUCUGCCAUUCAGGAACCGUCUAGCUACGACGUCGGCUUCAAUUUCCUUCUCUCAUGGAAGAAGCAAAUGC